CCGGGGCGAGCGCAAACAGGUACUGUUUUAGUCUCCUUUUAGUUUCCUACAACAAACAAAAUCACGGAAGUAUGGAAAACUCAAACUCACCCUACAACGAAACUCUGCCCAACAAGAUCCUCACCACAACUGCUGGAAGCUUAUCGAUCUUUGGGACUUUAGUAAUUUUCUUGACUUUCUAUAUUUGGAAAGAUCUUCGCACGGCUUCGCGGAAAAUAUUGGUGUAUAUCUCUAUCGGUGACUUCCUUACAGCACUUGUAAACAUCUCGGGUCUUUGGCUGUCAGCUACGUUGUAUAAUAAGGUAACAGACAGCAAGCAUGAUCAUGGCAUGUACAUUGAUCUAUGUACGGCGGAAGGAUUUGUGAAUAUUGCAGCUAUUAUAUCGUCAUUCUUUUGGACUUUUUAUCUAUCUGUGUACCUUUACCUUGCCGUAUGCAAAGGCCUAGAGAGCAGCACAGAGAGGAUAGUUCUGCGAGUGUUUCACGUUACUGCAUGGGGAAUACCGCUUGUUAUUGCGUGCCUAGCAUUAGCGUUGAAUAAUGUUGGUCCGCUCGUUUAUCCCAAUAAAGUAUCUGAUGGCUGGUGCUGGGUCAAAACGGGUUCAAAGAAUCCGAAUCCUAAUGAAAUAGCGUGGAUGUUUAUUGCUGGUAAAGGCUGGGAAAUAUUGGCAUAUAUAGGAAUCACAGCUUUCUAUAUAAGAGUCAAGGUCCAUCUUCGGCAACAGGUGUAUUCCUGCCAGGGUGCUCCAUUUCUGACGAUGGGUUCAAUCGAAGCUGCAAGAAAAGCGGACCGCAAAUUCACUUUCAUACCUGUCAUCUUCAUCUUGCUACGAAUGUGGGGAACUAUUAGGUUCUUCUUAUAUAUUUCUGGACAAGGCCACCCAGAGUAUGAAUGGCUUAGAAUACUUCAUGGCAUUGGAGACAGUAGUCAAGGUUUUGCAAACUUCGUCAUAUUUUGUGUCUUCACUGAGAAGAUGGGAUCCCAUUUUAAGUACUGGUUUUCCAAAAUCUUCCCAUGCUGUAGUAAACCAAUGGAGAGUUCAGCACAUGUUGGUUAUGAGAGCACCAACAUACUUACAGAUCAUAGUUAUGAGACGUAGGUAAAGGAUGCAAUCCUAAGUACUGGAAAAAUCUAGGGACGUGGGCUAUUUUAGCUUUUAGCCUACCAUCUCUGUUUUGGGACCAAACUUGAAAGAGGUAGCCCUUGGCCAAGCACCGCUGAGGGGUAGGCUUGGCGGUGACCCCACCACUUUUUGCGACAGAAACAAGUCAAAUAUUAUGAUUUAUUCCUUCUUUCAAUUGUCGGCCCACCCACUUUUCAACAUGCUCUGCAGUCCCUAUACACUGCGCAGCAACACUUCUCACACAAGGGCAGGGCAGAUCCCGGGGUUCCAAUAGGGGAGAGCCAGAGCAAAGAGAGGAGGAAGGGGGCAAAUUCAUUCAAAAUCAUUAAAAAUAGAUGGGCUAGUACGAGAGAGUUUGCCAGCCCACCGCUAGACCCACUUACCUGAAUAUGAGAAGUUAGUUUGUAUUAAAACGUUUAAUCAAAUUGUCAACCCAUUGUCUGUGUUGGUUCAGGAAUUUCUUAGUGUAUUGUUUUUGCCAUUUGGGGUAGCAACUUUCAUCAUUAAGUCCACAGGCAUCACUUUUGAUAAAUUCACACGUAAAAUAAAUAAAUGUAUUGUAUGUUUAUGUAAUGGUACAUCUCUAUGAUCCUGUUUCUAUGGAUGACCCCUGAAUUAACAAGAAUCUGUGAGCUCUGUCAACCACAGAGAUGCCACACAUAGCAUACCCUGCUUUUUAUUGAUCACAACUCUAAUCAGAGUGAACAGAGUAAUACAAUUACUUGGUGCAUUUGGCAUGGUGUUUCAAUCUGUGUAACAAAGAGUUAAUCAUUGUGUCACCUGGUAUCAUCAGGCAAUAGACCUUAAACAAUUGAGUCAUAGCCAUCAUUACAGAGUACAUUAGACUCAUCUUUGAAACACUACAAGCACUCGUACUGUGUGUAAAAGUCCCUGAUAUGACUGGACAUAUCAUAAUCUAUAUUGUACUUCCUCUAUUUCCGUAAUGUAAAAUGCUUGUGAGAAGAAUAAAAAAAAAGAUGAUGUA